AUGGCCGACGGCUCGGGGGUGGCCUUCGUGCGGUCCCUGGCCAAUUCCACGUUCUACGCCGCGUCGGAUCCAUUGACAAGGCUCAGCCAAACGGUCGUCGGCCGGAACAACAUCGACUACGGGCGGUCGAUCUCCAGCCAGGGCUACGACACCAUGUUCCCCACCCUGUCCCCGGAGGAGCGGAACGCGCGCAAGACCAGCGAGCCGGCCGAGUUUGGAUAUGGGAGCUCAUCGGCCGGCCAUCCAUCGCUGCCCUCCACCUCAUCGUUGGCGCCGCUCAGCGUCGAGACGUACGGCGGGGAGACGGCCGGAAUGGGCAUGGACUACGUGACGACGAUGCUCGACGACCACGAGACGAACAGCCGGUCGAUACGGUUGGCUCAAGAGAUGGCGCUCUCGAACAUGCGGCAGGAUUUGCGCCGCAUACGGGAGGAGAUACAGCAGAUGGAGAAUGAUAGGCGUACUCAG